GACGCAACGAGUAAUUCGACGACCAACUCAACAGCUUCAACCUCGUUCACGACCGCUGCGCAUCCCCACGAUCCAAGAUGCGGACCUACGACGAUACCUUCAGCGGUGAGAAGAUCUACCCUGGAAAGGGUAAAUUGUAUGUCCGUGGAGACAGCAAGAUCUUCAGAUUCCAGAAUGGCAAAUCCGAAUCCCUCUUCCUUCAACGCAAGAACCCUCGCCGGAUCGCCUGGACCGUCCUUUACAGAAGACAGCACAAGAAGGGUAUCUCUGAAGAAGUUGCCAAGAAGCGUACUCGCCGUACCGUCAAGCACCAGCGUGCUAUCGUCGGUGCUUCCCUCGAUGUGAUCAAGGAACGCCGAUCCAUGCGCCCUGAGGCCCGUCUCGCCGCUCGCCAGGCCGCCAUCAAGGAAGGAAAGGAGAAGAAGCAAGCCGCUGAGAAGCAGAAGAGAGAGAAGGCCCGCACCGCCGCCGCCGCCUCCAGAGGUCAGACUUCCAGAAUCCAGAGCAAGCAAGGCGCUAAGGGUUCAGCACCAAAGGUUGCCGCCAAGACCCGUUAAGCAUGGGUGAAUAUCGGUAGUGAAAUGGGAUGGUGUUACUGUUUCUUAUGACACAAGGGAGUCAGAAAUCUGGUGUUUGUUCUUUAUUUAUGAGCCUGGCAUGGUCUAAAUAAAACUGGAUUUUAAUUCCUCUGCAAAAGGGCACCCGUGGGAUGAUGAAUUCUACGACUUGAAAGAUUGGAUCAUGAUUCUCUUUUUGCGAAAUUCGGUUCUCGAUGCUCCUUUAUGUUGUGUAGCUUAACACGCUCUUGUCUCGCAAAGAAGAGGACUCGCGCAUUAUCGAAUUCAGGAAAAGAAAUUUCCAACGGGCAAAUGAACCCCGAGACGCUCUUGUUGAGUACAAGGUCCGUUAAUGGAUAGAUGCCAUUAUCAAUUAUCAGUA